GGGCGGCGGCGGGCCUUCCCCUUCCUUUCGGCGGGGGCCGCGAGCGAGGCGGGUGGAGGAUGAAGGCCUCGGGCACCCUGCGAGAGUACAAGGUGGUGGGGAGGUGCCUCCCCACCCCCAAAUGCCGGGCUCCCCCCCUCUACCGGAUGCGCAUCUUCGCCCCCAACCACGUCGUUGCCAAGUCCCGCUUCUGGUACUUCGUCUCCCAGCUGAAGAAGAUGAAGAAGUCGUCCGGGGAAAUCGUCUAUUGUGGACAGGUCUAUGAGAAGUCUCCCCUGCGAGUGAAAAACUUUGGCAUCUGGCUGCGUUACGAUUCUCGCAGUGGAACCCACAACAUGUACAGGGAGUAUCGGGACCUGACAACCGCCGGGGCCGUCACUCAGUGCUACCGCGAUAUGGGUGCCCGCCACCGAGCCCGGGCCCACUCGAUCCAAAUCAUGAAAGUGGAGGAGAUCGCUGCCAGCAAGUGCCGCCGUCCUGCCGUCAAGCAGUUCCACGACUCCAAGAUCAAGUUCCCUCUGCCUCACAGAGUUCUGCGCCGCCAGCACAAGCCUCGUUUCACCACCAAGAGACCAAAUACAUUCUUCUAAAGUCAGCGGAGGCGCCGUGUUGUCUGCUGGCAUAAUAAAAACUCAUUUGACAGGG